AUGUACACCACCACCACCACCACCGCCAUCACCACCACUUUAAAUGACGCUCAAUGUGUCCAGGAGGACGUUUACCUCAUGGCAUCAGUGGAGAAGUAUGGCACCCAGCGCUGGUCUCAGAUAUCCAAGGGGCUCUCGGGCCGCACCAGCAAGGCCUGCAGCCACAGGUGGCGCACCUACCUCCAGCCCGGUGUGAAGAACACAACACAAGAGCCGUUCUCAGACUGGGAAGUGGCGGUGGUUGUUGAGGCGCAUAAGCACGUUGGCAACCAGUGGUCCACCAUUGCGCGCAUGCUGCCCGGCCGCACCAACGCCGCCGUCAAGAAUUUCUGGUACGCGUACACGCGCCGCAGCCUCAAGGGCGCGCCGGGCGGCGCCGAUGACGUUGACGUCGGACUCGGCUACCACAGUGCUGCCAGCGACGGCGGCGGCGGCGGCGAAUGGGGCCCCGCGGCAGUGCUUGGCGCGCGAGACGACCGCAACUGCAGCGAGGGGUUUGGCGACGAGGAGGAUCUGGGGGACGAGGACUUGGAAGACGACUGUGACGCUGAGGAGGAGGGGGAGGAGGACGCCGGCUGCGACGAGGGCGGCAGCCUGCAGAGGCACGGACUGAUCGCGUACGACGGUGCAAUUGACGCGAGGCACCUCCUCGGCAGUGGGCAGGCCUGGGGCGCAGGCGAGUCGGGGAUCGUGCCAGCAGCACUGAGCGACGGCCCCAGCGAUGGUGGGAUCGCUGGCAGCAGCAGCUCGCCACGGCCUCCAUUGCGCGUCAAGCUGGGCAAGGGCUUCAAAGCUGCAGGGCCCAGUUAG